AUGAGCGAGCAAUGGGUUACAGCUCGGAUUAAGCAAAAGGGGGAUAGUAGGUGCAUUCCUUGGAAAACUUUGAAAGACCUCAUUUUAGAGCACCCAGACACGAGGAAGAAGGUAGAUAUCUUUGCUUUAAGUAUUUAUGGUUUGAUUGUGUUUCCUAAGACUUUGGGGCAUGUUGACGAGGCGGUUACUGACUUAUUCGAUCGGCUUGAUAAGAGAGUUACGCCAGUCCCGGCAAUUUUGGCAGAAACCUUCAGGUCGCUGAAUGUAUGCCGAAGAGCGGGAGAGGGUAGGUUUAUUGGAUGUGCACAGCUUCUACUUGCUUGGUUCCACAUUCACUUCUGGAAGGAGGAUAAUGUUUCAUAUCGGGUCUUCUCUAAAAGCUAUUCACCAUUGAAAGAGGAGGAUAUUGAGUGGAGAGUUCCAUGGUUGCUUCCAGAUGAGGUCUUAUAUCGGUGUGGGGAUUUCGACUGGGUUCAUUUGCUUGGAAUUUGGGGAGCUGUUGGUUAUGCCCCAUUGUUAGUGUUAAGGCAAUACAGGUCAAGACAGUUUGUGCCUGCAACUCAUGGACUGGCUAAGUGUGAAUUCUCGUAUAAAGAUGAUGGUUACAAAAGGAAAGCUCGUGAUAUGGCCAAUGCAUGGAAUCAAACUCGUCGAAUGAAAAGAUUAGCUGUGGGUCCAAUGACAACUCUCGAGUACAACGAAUGGUGGGUUAAGAGGAUCAACGAUAACAUUCCUAGGCCAAGUCUGGAAAAUAGUCAGUCGAUAGAAGAGCAUUUGCGUGAAGAAUGCAGAAUUAGAGAAGAAAAUAGAGCAAAUAGAGGAAGAGAAGGUGAAUUUGAGACUGGAUGUAGAUGUUCAGAAGCUCGAGGCUAUAAAUUAAGGAAGGGAAAGAAUAAGGCCGAGGAGGAGCUAGAUAGCUUGAAGACAGAUUACAAGAAGUUGCGUCUGUCAAUAAGAACUGCAGGGCUUGGAAAGACUUCAAAGCAGUGGCGUGAAGAAAUUCGAGAGGAAAGAAACAGGUCAGAUUGGUGGGAAAAGAAAUUUCGAGAGGUGCAAGCACGAAGUGAAGCCUUAAAGAAGAGCUUGUCAGAGAGCCAAAAGGAAAAGGGAGAACUAAAGGACAGAGUAGUUGAGUUAGAAGGGUCUCUCCGUCAACAUAGAAGUUGA